GAGGAUCUUUCAAGCGCUCCCUAUAGGGAACCCACAAAACUGCAUUUCCCAAACUCGUGUCCCCUGCAGGAUAGCAGCAGCAUCAACACCACGGACACUCACGCUCCCCUUGCCAACAACACCAUCUCCAUUGCCAACCAGCCACGAGAUGGCUGCUCUCAACAACACCUCGGUCGUCGUGUACGCGGCCAAAGACCUCCGGCUGGUGAACCGGGAAAUGCCUGUGCCGGGCCCCAACGAGGUGCUGCUCAAGAUGCACUCGGUGGGCAUCUGCGGCUCGGACGUGCACUACUGGCAGCACGGCCGCAUUGGAGACUUUGUGCUUCGAGAGCCAAUGGUGCUGGGCCACGAGGCGGCUGGCACCGUGUGCGCCGUGGGGGCCAGCGUCACCCAUCUCGUUCCUGGGGACCGGGUGGCCAUUGAGCCUGGCGUGCCGCGCGAGAACGAUGAAUUCUGCAAAAACGGCCGCUACAACCUCUCCCCGAGCAUCUUCUUCUGCGCGACGCCUCCCGACCACGGCAGCCUGUGUCGCUACUACACGCACAGUGCCAGCUUCUGCUACAAGCUUCCUGACAACGUGAGCUAUGAGGAGGGGGCCCUCAUUGAGCCGCUCUCCGUGGGCAUCCACGCGUGCCGCCGCGCCGGCGUCUCACUGGGCAGCUACGUCUUCAUCUGUGGGGCAGGUCCCAUCGGGCUCGUGUGCCUCCUCGUGGCCAAAGCGAUGGGGGCGGCAAAGGUGGUCAUCACAGACCUGUCGAGCGAGCGUCUGGCGAAGGCGCGGGAGCUGGGAGCCGACUUCGUCCUCCAUACGGGGGCGGGCAGCGAGGCCUGCUUGGGCGGCCCGCAGGACAUGGCGCGUCGCGUCGCCGAGUGCCUAGGCGGUGCGCCACCUGAGAUCUCCAUCGAGUGCACGGGCGCUGAGGCGUGCGUGCAGGCCAGCAUCUACGCAACGCGCUCCGGGGGAGUCCUGGUGCUGGUGGGUAUGGGCCCCACGUCCAUCACCCUGCCCAUCCUCAACGCCGCCGUGCGGGAGGUCGACAUCCGUGGCGUCUUCCGCUACUGCAACACGUGGCCGACGGCGAUCGCCAUGUUGGCGUCGCGGCACGUGGAUGUGCAGCCACUCGUCACGCACCGCUUCCCGCUCUCCUCGGCGCUCGAGGCGUUCGAAGUAACACGGCGAGGGGAGGGCAUCAAAGUCAUGAUCAAGUGCGACCCCGACGACGAGCAGCCCUAAUCGCAGGUCUCCCCAUGCACCUCAUCGUCACUCAUGCCACCCCAUUGUCAAGCCACAUCGUCACAUUACCUUUCAUAUCCCCUCAUUGUCAUAUCACCUCCUGUUGUUGUAUGUGUUUGUCUUCUAAAUGUGGCAUGAAUGUUGUGGAUUGUCAAAAAAACACAAACUCAUUGUUCAGAAAGUGUACUUUUGUCCAGAGGCAGAUUAAAUGGACAAUGGAGUGAGUUAGCACAAUUAACGUGUGGCCAUCUGUGCGAAGAUGAUAGAACAAAUAAUUAUCAAAGUUGGACUGUUAAAUGUUCCGAUGAAACUCGCAAGUCAUCGCUUAUUGUGUGUUCACACUAAUGCAUUAGAAGAGCACGGUUCUACCAUUGAGGAACAGUUUGUUCACAAUGUGGAAUGAGCCCAUUCUGACAGGGAAUGCGAGGAGAGCAUCGGUGCUAAUCAGAAUCAGAAGCUAUUUUUUUUUAUACUCGAGCAAUCCGAUGAGCUAUAAACCUCUUUUCCACAGAUGUCCAGUGGGGGCAGGACAGAAUGUUACAACAACAUAAUACAAAAACACGAUAGGAGUGCAAAUUAUAGGCAAGGUAAACAAAUCACUUAAAAAUAUAUACAAAAAACUAAACUUAUUUUAAUCUCACGGAGCCAUUAGCUUAUUUUUCAAAAGCGACAUGGCCACAAUUUAUAGCUCAAUGAAGUGGCUUAUCACGUGGAAGUUCACAGCAGCAAAAUAAUUGAAACGUGUGCUUCUAAAUGUGGAGGGAAAAAUCGACGCGAUUGAGGUAACAGCAUUGGCUGAGCGCCUCUGCUGCUGCUGCUCAAGCCUCUACACAUGGCGGGAUCCUCCUCCGUGUUGGCGUUCCUGUUCCUUCUCAUUGGUUCAACAGAACGUCAAAAUUCCCCGUCUCCUCAAGAGUGGACCUGCAGAUGUUAUAGGAAGACACAAGCCACAACAUUCAAAAGCUCCUCUUGCACAGAUACAUGCACCAGGGCUUGUAUGUCAUAGAUUCUGUUUGACACAAGUUUUAAAAUUAGUAAGGCAUGCCGUCAUAGUGCGUGUUAUGCUCGUGAUAUCACAGUGCCAUUAAGUUUCAAAGUCGUGUCUCAAAGCCAAGGAUGUGCAGCCCAUUGCCCAAGAGCCGCUCGUUUUAUUUAAGUUGUGUCCAUAACAGACCAAAGCGUUGGAGUUGCUGUGAUUGACAGAUGAGUGUAAUUAACCUCCGUAUUAAUGCAACUUAAGCAGAGUGCACAGACUAAUUCAACUGAGGUAAUUAACACAGGAAAUGUAAUUAUUACUCUAAAAUACCAAACUGGCUAUCGCGUUUGUGAAAAUGUCUAAUUGUGAAGAAAAAAGUCCUCAUUUAUUUUAUAUCCUUAAAUACAGUUGUAUGUACAGUCUCCUGAAGUUCGAUUACAAAAUCAUGUCAAGCGUCAAAUGUAAAAAAAGAUAUUCGUGACAUUUCUAUUUAAUAAAAAGCAAUUGCAAAG